GUCAGCUGCACAAUGGCGACGUUGGUCUGUGCUCGCUUGUCCUGCUGCCGCCGUCGUUUCUGAGCGGUGGGCCGGCCCACAAACGUUGGACCGUCCGUUGCGCGGUUUACCACCACGAGUCUCUCCUCUCGCGCACGCUCUCUCUCCCUUUGUCUCUCUCGCUCUUGCUCUUUAAACGCCUCCGUCGCGGGGACCCCAAGUCUCGACGACCGCGUUUCGGGAACGAAAGCAGCGAACCGACGCGUCGCGUCUGCCGUCGUCGACGUGACGCAGCAGCCGACGAAGAAGUGAGCCAAGAAGAGAAGGAAGAAGAGGAAGAAGAGGACUCUCCGAGGCCGAUCGCGGCAAUUGCGCUCGAUCUGCACACAUCCCUCGCGGUGCCGCUCGCGGACGUCCAAUCGUCUUAACCACCUUACCUACCCCACCGAUUCAGGAACGACGUACGGCGACAAGUUACGAAGGAAAAAACCACGAAGGAUCAGCUUUCGAGAGCGACCGACUGAUAACCCAAGAAGAUCUCUCUCCGUCCAAGGACCCGGCGCAGCGACACUGCGAAACGACACUGCGCGGGGCCACCGAAAAAGCACAAAGUGAUAUUUCUUUAACUAAUAGUUAACGCGUUAGAGUUUAGAAGGGGGCCGAGACCGUCUCGCGAAACCCCACCCCACCCCCCUACCCGUCUCCGUGCUCUUUGUAUAUAUACAAAUGUCGGAUACUCGAGCCGCAAUAUCCAGUGACUGAGUCUGCAAGUGACGCGAAGUGUGUUCAACGCAUCUCACUAUAAUCCCGCGGAUCGCGUGGACCAGGACACCUAGGGGGGGGAAUUACAAGGACACACGCCGGGGUGUAAACGGCUGCAGCGUUCGAGUGACAUACCGGGGUGUGUAAACGUGUGCGUGCGUGUGCGUGCGUCUCCGCUGUGUGUGCGCGCAACAUGAGAGUGGCCAGGCAGCAUCCACUGCAAGUAUCGACCCGCACCAACAAUGGCAAGACCUUCUUUGGGACCUUGGUCGGUCUCAACGGUGGUCAGGACGUUGUCCAUCAGCAACCGUCACCGCCGCAUCAUCAUCAGCAGCAGCAGCAGCAGCAACAGCAACACCCGACCAGCGACGAGAACAGCGCGGUGGUGCCGCCGAGCUGCGUCUUUCCGAGCUGCGAGUCGGUGCCCACCGACCUUCACGGUAGCCCGACCAUACUGGGGGAUCGAUUCCAGCUACUUGGUCCGGCCGAGGGUAGCGCUCUUUAUCGGUGCGUCGACGUGCACAACGAUAAGCAGCUCGUCGCCAAGGCGCUGACCGUGGGCGACAAAGGUUGCGAGGCGUUGCUGCAGGCCCACCUUCGUCUGGAGGGCACCGGCGCGGCGAGCGGCGUGGCCGGCGUGGUGGAGGCACCUGGAGGUCGGCGCUAUCUCCUCUUGGAGGGCCAUCACGGUGACCUGCACGCCUACGUAAGGGCACGCAGGAGACUGCGCGAGCCCGAGGCGAGGCGGCUCUUCCGGCAGGCGGCCAGGGCCGUGGCGACGUGUCACGAGUACGGCGUCGUGCUGAGGGACCUCAAGCUCCGGAAGUUUGUCUUCGCCGACGAAGCGAGAACGCGGCUUCGUCUGGAGAGCCUUGAGGACGCGGUGAUCGUGGAGAACGACGACGACAAGCUGACCGACCGACGCGGCUGUCCGGCGUAUGUCGCGCCGGAAGUGCUGCGCUCCGGACGCGCCUAUUCCGGCAAGGCGGCGGACAUCUGGUCGCUGGGCGUGCUGCUGUACACGAUGCUGGUGGGCCGUUACCCGUUCAACGACGCCGAGCACGCGUCCCUCUUCGCCAAGAUCUCGCGCGGCCUGUUCGCCGUGCCGGAGGGCCUGAGCCCGCGCGCCAAGUGCCUGAUCCGCUCGCUGCUGCGAAAGGAGCCGUCCGAGCGGCCGUACGCCGAGGACGUGUCGCUGCACCCGUGGCUGUCGAAGCCGCUGCGGUUACACACGCCCACGUCCGGCAGCAGGUCCUCGUGCCAGGACCAAGUCGUACCAGAGCUAUCUAUUAAUCCUCAACAAGACUGACUCUCUCUCUUUCGGGGGAAGGAUCAUUAUUCCGCGCGUGACGGCAUCACACUCUCUCAUCCUAGUGCUUCUCUCGCGCCGACAGCCGAACCGAGUCCUCCGGCCGGGAGGGGGGAGUUAGCGCAAUCAAAAGAAGAAAGGAGGCAGAACGAUUUUCUUUUAACACAUUGGCUGUGCCCGUAGAGAGUAGCGGAUGAGCUCGGCGAAAAGCGAAAAUGUCUUACGUAUAUAUCAUAGAAUUUAAAAAAAGACAUGCGAAAGGUCGAAUAAAAUUAUUCAUUAUCAAACGAGCAAUAUCCAGUGAAAAAUUCUAUCUUCCAAAAGAUUCAAAUUGAGAAAUAUAUGUAUAUCCUGACAGUCAAUGUGUUAAUGGCAGCUGAAUAUACACAGCUUCGCUCACACAAGUUUGAGCGCGGUCUCCAAGCGUGGAUAAAAAAAUCGAAUCCUCGCUGAGACGCGUAAUAUACGACUACAAAUGCUGCGUCCUCCUCUUUUCGCCGGUCCAGGGACGGCCUAGAAAUAAGCUUCGAAGAUAGAGCGUAUUAACAUGAGGCAAGAGUAAUUGUUCUCGAUGGAACUUUUAUGUAGGGGAGAGUAACCAAAGUCUCCAUUCUGAAUAACAAUGCCCUUUGGAUUAUUUUCCUCGUUUAAAGCUGUAGCCUGCGAGUUAACUGAUCGAAGUUGGAACCCUUGAAAUAAGAUGAUAUUACGUCUCUCAUUAUGUAAAGAUAAGCUCACUCUAGUCUAGAGACACAACUUCGCAGGUCGAAGCGUCGAACAGCGAAAGUAAUUGAGGGGUAUCCUCUGUAAAAUAGCGUCUCGAUUUUGGUCAUUCUCCGCUGGCAAUUUCGGAGGCAACGUGACGCAAGUGAUUAGUCUCUAAAAAAAAAAAAAAGGGAAAAGUCUCUAUCGGCUAUAAUAGAAUCCUAGAUUCGAGGAAACAUUGCCAUUACCGGUCCAAGAAAUAUUUCGCCUUGCCGCGUAACAGAUACAUUCGCGCGCGCGCGCGAGCGCGUGCACACGCGCGAAUUCCCUUGUGAUAGAAUCUGAUCCAGAUUCUGUGCGACAUAUGUGAUAACGAAAUAUAUACAGGUUGUUUCAUAAGCGUUAAUGCGGUUACUUGCGGUCAUCUGUCUCUGAAGUCCAUGUACAUUAAUUAUUGUAAAACGAUCGAAUUCGAUGUUUGUAUUUUGCGAGUUAGACACACAACACACCCGAGUACACACACAUCCUCGACUUUUCUUCGAUACUUCGCGUUGUGCAUCAACCCGGGAUGACUUUUUUUCCCGCUUGUAUACCGGCGAAUCCGCUGUACACACAUACACACACACACACGCAUACACGCAAGAGUUAAAACAGUUAUGUAAAUACGAGCAAGGGACGUGGAACCUAAUGUAAGUUCGAGUACAACCGGUGAGCUUCGUAUAGUGUAGUAUAUAGUAUGUAAAGCGCGAUGAAAUAUUAUAUGAAUGGGAAUCCAGAGAUUGAGUCGGAUUCGAAGCUGGAAGACUCACGCAGUCGAAAGAGAAAAUACAAUGAUUCAGCGCGAGAGAAUGAUUAUUUCGCCUAAUGACGACCAAGCGUUACUGGAGCAGGUCGGACGAAUUUUAAACGAAAUAAGUUUCCAAUCUAAAAUCCGACUCAUUCUCCCCGUUUAUCUGUCAUCAUUAUAUAUCACGGAGUCAAUCAAAUAUACCAGGCGGCCCAUCGAGGGAAGGGAUAUUUUCUCGUUUGUUUAUGCGAUAAAAACUUCAUUCUCCGACCUAAAAACAUUGCCUUAGAAAAGUUCAAGACUGCUUGGACGUGUGGCCUAUAUUAAUUAACUUUUAUUAGAGAAAACACGCAAAAUACACAACGUUGAACGGUGAAUUUCUAACCUUAAGAACAAUAAAAGAAUACGCUUCUGGAUUAACUCGCACCGAGAGUAUCCAUGAAUAUAUAUAUAAAUGUGUUCAUCGAUGGCAAUGUUUUCAGGUAGAAGUAAACUCUCUAGCGAAUCAAAGACAAGAUUUUUUUACUCUCUUCUGACUCAGAACCUCUUAAAAAGUCAUGCGCGAUACGUGUGUACAGCUCACCAGGUUCCGAUUUUAAAAAAAGCGAACGAACGACGAUUUUUUUUCUAUCAAUUUGGGCACAUGAGGCUGCGCGUCCCAUUUUGAGGAUUUUUCUCUCGAGUAAGAUUCUCCGAGCGUUGUAAAAAAAAAACGACAAACUUGAUUCUCGACUAUUUUUUUCAGUAGAGACUUGUCAUUGCAAGUCAAUUAUGAGAAUAAAAUUCCAAGACAGACAUUGAGAUUCUCAUUUGCAUCAAUGCCAGAUGGCGUGAUAUCUUCACGAAGUUAUUACAUUUUCCCUCUUCGUAUCAUGGUGGAUUUAAUCGUGUUCCACGUCAGUAUCGACGUUAAAUAAAGAAAUACCGAUGCCGCAGUCGUCGGUGGACGUGCCCAAAAUAAACACUCCCGAAAUGUUUUUCGGGAGUCAAGACUAAGUUUAAAACUAAGCAAUCGAAAUUAAAUCCACCAUCUCACACAGACCAGAUUAAAUCCGAAAUAGUUUUUCGAUCCCUUUUAGACGACGAAACUCUUUCGAGGGAAAAUGGGGGGGAAACCAGGUUUACAAAUAUUCUCAAAUAAUUUCAGAGUCGAAAUUCGAUUUCGAUGAAGUUCCAGUUAGUUUAGAUGCAUUCUUGAAAAUUCUCAUUUAAUUCGAGUGGAAAUUUCAUCUAUGACAAACGGUCGCCGAAACGCUAGUUUCGAGGAACAUUGCACUAGACAUGAGAAUCGGGAUAGUUGAUGCAAAGUUCAGCCUCAUGUGAAGCUCGAAUCGAAUCCGCGUCGGACGACGACGACGACGGCGAGGACGUUUCUCGUGGCUCGUAGAAGAACCUUUGAUUUCGGCACCGGGGAUUGGCGAAAUGGCAAGCUCAGGGACACGAGACGGGGGUUUGUCGGGGCUGCGACCCGACCCGAUCCUCGCCUCGGUCCCUCGUGUUCGACGAAAGUACCAUGUGUUCUUGUAUUUACAGAUACCUGUCUACCUACCUAUCUACGCGAACUCUUUUGUAACUUCCGCGAGAGUGAAGAGAGAAAGAGCGAGAGAGAGAGAGAGAGAGAGACUCCUCUUUUCCUUUUUAUUUAUAAUAUUCGCGCGCCGCGAACGGGGAGUACGGUACCCCGGGUGCGGCACUAAGAUUCCUCCUCGUAUCGUUCUCAGUCAGGGUACAAAACGCCGCGCGCAUCCAUCGACGUUUUAAUUUGUACAUAAGUUCGACGCGAUUAAAUCCUAUUGUAUUCAAUCAUUGUCUAGGUGCGUUUAAGGGAAUUUCGUUUCUGUACAUAGGUAAAAUAAAGUGGCGUUUACGACGAA